AUGAUUGUGGCAGUUGCCUACGUCGGCGAGCAGCCUCGCCAUAUUCGUCUAGCCUUGGAAUAUUCGCCUCGCUAUCGCCGCUCCUCCUGUGCGUCAUCGCGUCGCUUUCGUCGCCUCGCCAAGCAGCCACAAGAAUUCGAGCGAAAAUUACAGGUUAAGCCUGAGGCAGAGCGGCAGCGCCGGCAGAGGGGUGGCAGGUUAGACCUAUGGCAGAGAGGCGGCGGCAGAGAGGUGGCGGGAUAUUCCUGUGGCAGAGAAACGGAGGCAGAAGCGUGGCGGGAUUUGCCUGUGGCAGAGAAACGGAUCCAGAAGCGUGGCGGGAUAUGCCUGUGGCAGAGAGGCGGCGGCAGAGAGGCGGCGGCAGAGACGCGAGCAGGCAGGCGAGGUACAAUUACAAAGCUUUUUUCGGAGACUGAGGCGGAGAAGCACGGCAGAGUGGCGGAGAAGCACGGCAGAGUGGCGGAGAAGCACAGCAGAGUGGCGGAGAAGCACAGCAGAGUGGCGGAGAAGCAGAGGCGGAGAAGCAGAGGCGGAUACGCGGAAGCAGAUGUUUAG